UUCAUCUAUUAUCGGUCUGAGAAAGCGCUCCUGCUAACGUUUCCCUCCUGGAUGUAGUGUAAAAAAGGAGGAUAAAUGAGUUUAGAAAAAGAAAUAAAGGGCUUCUCUUGACAUCCACGUGGUGUGGCUCUGCCUGCUGCUUAGCAACGAAGCACAGCACCUACACUGCAAAAGAUAUCUGUCCAAGCAGGUUGUUUACUCUUUGAUUAUUGUCUAUUUUUUGAGCCUUUGCAUUUGUGUUUCAUUCUUUUCUUCAGAAAUGCCAUAUGAUACUAAUUUAAGAAACAAAUCAAGUAGAUACUGACAUCUCGGUGUUACUCUGACCCCUCUCAUGGAAAAUGAAGGUAUGAAUUAUAGUUAAUUAUCAUAAAUACACAACUGUAACUUUGUUUUAUUGAUGUUUUGCAUUGUAUUUUUUUAUCAUCAAUAGAUUCUACGUUAUAUUUAGUUUGCUUAUUAUCUUUUAACCCUUAAAACGUGCCUCCAUCCCGUACUUUCUUCUCUCUGUGUCAUGUAUUACAGCCGCGAGACAACUACAGAAAACCCCUCUAAAACCCACAAAAUAAACCCCAGGACUUAUUACUUCCUCCCCGCCGAUGAUCCAUUUUUAAUGCCGUCAUUCAUGUCCUUUUUCCUCCCGCCAUUCCUCCACGCGCGUCCCGCUCGUGUGUCCGCGCGCGGUGACGCUCCCGUGAACGCGCGGCUGACCCCGCAGAGAGCGGGACACUUUUUGCAGCGUGCGGGGCUAUAAAGGGAGGGAGUGGCGCACGGGGUUUCACGCUGAGGAGAAGCGAUCGGCGCGCAGGAGGCAGCGCGGCAGCGCCCCGGAUAACGUGAUUAGCGCUCAAUCAGGUCCGCGACGGAUGCAGCACCGGGAGCCAAGUGUCGGGAGAGAGAGAGAGAGAGGGGGGGGGGAGAGAGAGAGAGAGAGAGAGGGGAGGCGCGGAGGGGACACUUCACGCCCGAUCCGUCCCAUGGAUCCUAUCUGCUUCCUAUCGAUCUGCUCUCAGAAGUUGCCCGCUGACACCUUUCUUGUGUCACACCGCUCUCUGGCUCAGAUGAAUUGACAGCGCUGUAAAUGAUAAGAGCUUCCCCUUAAAGGAGGGUGUACAUGAUGAAAGAGGAGUGAUUCAGUUCCUUCCCCCCACAGCCCGGCUGUGAGUUACCAGCGCUGUCCUCCCCCGGUGAUGAUAUUCGUUAACCCGAGGGCGACUCUCACAGGAAGUGGGCAAAUCUCCUCCAAUGGGGUUUGACAACGAGACCAACCAGACUCUUCCAGAUGUGGCCCCUUACAGCCUCCGGAUCUCCCUGCCGCUCACUGUGCUGGUGGGCAUCAUGAUCUCGCUGACAGUGUUCGGCAACGUGCUGGUGGUCAUCGCCGUGUUCACAAGCCGCUCCCUGAGAGCUCCCCAGAACUUAUUCCUGGUGUCUUUGGCGUCGGCGGACAUUUUGGUUGCCACCCUCGUGAUGCCUUUCUCCUUGGCCAAUGAGCUCAUGGGAUACUGGUACUUCGGGGAGGUGUGGUGUGAGAUAUACCUGGCACUCGAUGUUCUUUUCUGCACCGCCUCCAUCGCCCACCUCUGUGCCAUCAGCUUAGACCGCUACUGGUCCAUCACACAGGCCAUCGAGUACAACCUGAAGAGGACGCCGCGACGGAUCAAGUGCAUCAUCUUCAUCGUGUGGGUCAUUGCGGCGGUCAUCUCCUUCCCGCCUCUCAUCACCAUGGAGAAAGAAAACAGCGGGGAGGAGCUCGUGUGCAAAAUCAACAACGACAAGUGGUACGUCAUCUCCUCCUGCAUCGGCUCCUUCUUCCUUCCCUGCGUCAUCAUGGUGCUGGUGUACGUGCGGAUCUACCAGAUCGCCAAGAAGAGGACGCGGGCGCCGCCGGGAGACAGGAAGCGGAAAGAGCCGCCGAAGACGGCCACCGCGGCCGCCGCGGACCAGAAGGAGAACAGCGUGGGCGCGGGUGAGGCCGGGGAGCGCCUGUGCCACGGGAGGCUGAAUGGCGAGCAGGGCAUCGAGCUGGAGGAGGGGGCGAGGGGGCACGGAGGAGCAGACGAGGAGAAGGACGAGGUCAACGGGGUGGACCUUGAGGAGUCCUCCUCCUCCGACCACAAAGUGAACAAUCCCUGCUCCAUCAAGAAGAAAGCGGCAAAGGGCAGAACCAAACUGAGCCAAAUCAAACCAGGGGACGAUGGCGUCCAAGAGAGGGCGUCGAGCACCAAGGGCAGCCGCUGGAAGGGUCGCCAGAACCGGGAGAAACGCUUCACCUUCGUCCUGGCCGUGGUCAUCGGCGUGUUUGUGGUCUGCUGGUUCCCCUUCUUCUUCACGUACAUGCUGAUGACGCUGUGCGAGUCCUGCCCGGUGCCCGACACGCUGUUCAAGUUCUUCUUCUGGUUCGGCUAUUGCAACAGCGCGCUGAACCCCAUCAUCUACACCAUCUUCAACAAUGACUUCAGGAGGUCGUUCAAAAAGAUUCUGUGCAAGAGGGACACGCGAAGAUACGUGUGAUGGACUCCAUCUUCGUCUUCACUGUGUCACUGGUUUGUACGCACUACGUGUAACUGCUUGACAAAACAAAGGUUUCCUACGUGCAGCAUCUUUCAAAACAACACAAAAAAAACGUCACAGGCGACGACAAAACACACACAGUGAAACCGUGUUUUUAUUUCAAAUGUUACUAUUAUUUUUAUACGUAAAACAUACAUAGUUAAGUCAUGCUAGGUGUCGUACUUUAAGAUGAUAUGUUGUGCAAAUUGACCUGUUUGAAUAUUUGUCUAUUUUCUUGUUGUUAUUGGCAUUUUGUAUGAUAUUACUGUAAUGAUGGUGACGAAAAUUACGAUGAUGAUGAUGAUGAUGAUGAUGGACUGUGAGAAGAAGGCUGGCUCUUUAAAGAAUAAAACCAAUUUUCUGAACUGGUCUCAAGGCUCCACCCCAAUUUAAAGCAUCCAGCUAAUGUCGUUGUGAUGUGUUGUUGGACUGCAUGGUCACACAGACACACAAACACUCCCCACAAUGCAACUUCUUAAUCAGAUUGCCCCUCCCUGUGACAUCAGUAACA